AGAUGUUAUAUAUAAAAUGUUCUAAUUGCCAUGAAUAGCUUGCAGAAAUGUUUUGCAAGAAUUAAUUUUGUAAUGAAAGAAGAUUAUUUUGCUAUGAAAACUGCUUGAGAACUAAAUAGAAGCAUUAUGAUCAUCUAAAAGACACCGAAAAGAUAGAAACACUACCUAAUUUUGUUAAGGCUAAUGCAAAUGAAUGUUAAAAAAUGCUAGAGGAGUUUGAUAUAUCAUUUAAUGAAGUUCAUGGAUUGUAUAGAUAAUUUUAAAAUGGUCUUUUUAAAAAAUAUUCACUUUCAGAUAGAGCUCUUUAAUAAUCAAAUUCAGAUCAAAUAAAUGAUGCUUUAUGCAGAUUUAUAAAUUUAAAAAAAGAUAAAGAAGUAUUAUUAGAAAAUUUUCAAAAUGGAAUUAAUUUUUUCAUAGAAAAAUUAAAAGAGUGUAUUGAAGAACUAAAAUUAGAUGAGUUGAAUUAUUUAGAAUAAUUAUCUUCAGAAGAAAUAAGUAUUCCUUCAAUGCCUUUUUAAUUUGAGUUAAUAGAAAAAAGCAGUAUUAAAUCAGAUAUUAAAUAUUGUUCAUUUGCUUUUAAUAAUAAUUCGUCAAUUGUUAUAGGUGGAUUAGAAAAUGGUGAAAUUAAAAUAUUUGAAUUCAUAGAUGAAUUAUUAAAAUAAAUAUAAUUAAUAAAAAAUGGUGAUUAUGCAGUUUAUUGUUUAUAAUUUAUGUAGAAAUCUAAUUAAUUUAUUUCAGGGAGUGCAGAUGGAACUAUUAAUAUCUGGUCAUUUGAUGAUGUAAAUUAAUGGCAUUUUAUUCGUAAAUUUAAUGAAGAUUGUGGCCCUAUAAUGUGUUUAAUUACAAAUAUUAGUGAAAAUUUAAUAUUCUCAGGGAAUUAAGAUUCUACAAUUAAAAUUUUUGAUGGAAUGUAAGAUUGGAAUUUAAAUUAAAUUUUAACUGGACAUAAAGGAUGUAUUGUUUCAAUAAGUUUAAAUCCACAAUAAGAUAUGUUAAUUUCUUGCACAGAUGAUGGUGAUUAAAUUAUAAUAAUAUAUUAAAGAAAAAAUUAAGUUUGGAACAUUUUCUAAAAUAUUGCAGUGGGCAAUAAUGGAUUUAGACUAUGCUUUAUAAAUAAUAGAAGAUUUGUAUUUCAACCUCUGUCAUCUGAAUUUUUAGAAAUUUAUGAAAAUAAUUUAUCUAAUUAAUUGUUUCAAAAGACAAGUGAGCUUUCUUAAUAACAAAAAAAAAAGUUUAUUUGCGAUGCUUUAUUCCCUUAACAAUUUAUUUAAUCAAAAUCAAUUAUCAUAAAUAAAAAUGGUUUUUAUGUAAAUAUUUUAAGAAUUAUGACUAAUCAUGAAAUUAUUCAUAAAUAUUAAAUUUAAUUUCUUACUGAAU